AUGUGUCUAUACCUCUACGCAUCGUUAUCGGUGAAGAUCAGCUUGCUAGUAUUCAUACGACGAAUCUUCAUCAAACCUUGGAUGAACCGUCUCACUAUGUGCAUGAUCGUCUUUCAAGUCUUAUUCUCGGUCUCCGGCUCUUUUGUCCUAGCCCUCCAAUGCGACCCCCCAAGAGCUGUAUUCGACUUGACUGUCAAAAACCCGACAUGUUACUCGCAGUAUAAGCUGUUCCAGAUCACACUAUAUCAGGCGGUUUUCAUCUUCGUCUGUGAUGUCAUAAUCCUGCUUGCACCAAUGUUUAUCCUUUGUAAACUCCAGAUGCCCACUAGAAAGGUCAUUGCAUUGGUUGCAAUCUUUGGAUCUGGUGUAAUCGCUUGCAUUUCGCCGGUUGUCCGCUUUAGCACGUUGGACUAUCUGCGCAAUGGAACCACAGACCUUACCUACGACUCGUCAUCAUCUCUGUACUGGAUGGCUAUUGAGUUUAACCUAGGUCUUGUGGCGGGCUCUCUUUCCUCGCUACGACCCUUGCCCCUUUUCCGAAGAUUCGGUUCGAGCACACACUCCCAAGACAAAGGAUCAAGGAGCGCUGAAUCACAUGAACUUGGGCAUGUGCAUGCAAGUGAGCCCAGGAGUCCUUGGAAAAAAAACAGGAUGAGUAUUGGUAUGGGAGGUUCGAUCUUGCAGGAUAGUGUAAAUGAUAGCCAAGAACGCAUCAUCCAUGCGAAGGCAGACUACGUGAAACCAGAAGCGAGCGAUUGA